UGUUGAAACGAGAGGUUGCGUCGCUUGUUGCUGCGGAUGUUUGCUUUGAAUCAAAAAGCUAGGUUUAUGUAGAAACCUACUGGUUUUGUUUAAAAUAAUUUGCGCAAAAUAAAAAGUGAAACAAACAAAAAUAUUUUACGAGAUUUUGGCUGAAUACAUUCCGGUACACACAACUCUUUGCCAAGUUAAAAGACGUGCGGGCUUAAAUUGUGCGGCGCGUCGCUGCAGUUGGUUAUUAGCAGAGAAUUUUUGUUUGUGCCAAGUGCUGUUUAUAACAACAACGACAACAACGAAAAAUAAAAAGUAGGCAAUUGAGUGCAAGCAGACAGCGCUGCAAAAGUGUUUGAAUCAAAUUAAAAGAAAAAAAAAAGAGGCAAACAGAAAACGAAAAGCCAGUUGAGCCAGAGAAAAAGAGUGCGGUGUAAAAAUUAACGUAAACAAUAGCAAUAAACGAGUAAAAUUGCUUGUUGUUUGAUAAAUUACAGCACACACACAUUCAAUAACAAUACUUAAUAUGUGUGUGCGUGUGUGCAUGUGUGUGUAGUGUCUAUGUGUUGGUGGCGGUGACGCUGAAUUUAUUGUACUGCGGAUUUUGUGAAUGUGUCGGAGCGGCAGUAGCAGUAGCAGUAACUAAAGAAAGGUCAAGUCGGUUGCGUAAAGCAAUUGCACACACACACACACAUUGCGAAGUGAAGCGACGCGACGCUCACGCAACAAGCUAAGCUAAAGUUUUGACUAAGCCGUAACUGUAAAUCAGGCAAAAUUCAGUUCGUCUACGUUUACAACAGCAGUGCCCCCCACGCCGCUGACAUUUACCAUCCGCCACGCAACGCUCGCGCCAAAGCCAAAGAACGCAGCGUCGUCCUCGACUGCGCGUCCGAUACAGAGUGGCUGGAAGCCAACAACAACAACAACAGCAGCAGCAGCAACAACAACAGCAGCGAUAGCAGCAGCAGCAACAACAAGGGCAAGGGAAAAGCAACAGGAAGUCUUAGCAAGAAUAGCAGCAACAAUAUGGCGGUUCGCAAAAAACAGGACGACAAAUACCUGCUAGCCCUACGUGAGCUGGUGAACAGCUGUGCGGGAAAUCGUCAAUGCUUCGAUUGUAACCAAAAAGGGCCUACCUAUGUGAACAUGACGAUUGGUUCCUUUGUCUGCACACGCUGCUCUGGAGUGCUUCGUGGACUGACGCCACCGCAUCGAGUGAAAUCCAUUUCAAUGGCCACAUUUACACAGGAGGAAGUCGAUUUUCUGAAGGCGCACGGCAAUGAGAGCUCGGCGAAGACCUGGCUGGGCUUGUGGGAUCCCAAGCGUGCCGCACCGCAGCAGGAUCAGCGCGAGCUGAUGAUUGAUAAAUAUGAACGCAAGCGUUAUUAUCUGGAGCCUGCCAGUCCGCUCAAGUCGCUGACCAAUGCUGUCAAUCUAAAGUCCUAUACGUCCAAUGGCAUUCACCUAACGCCGCCCGCCGCCCAGCGCACCGCCGCCAACGGCCUGCACAAGACCACGCCCCCCCAGAGCAACUCCAACUCCAACUCCAACACAGUGACAGCCUCGAUGGCCAUCAGCCGACCCCAGCACAGUCAGCACAGCACAGCGGAUGCCUUCAACAUGCCCGGCCUGAAUCUGAGCAGCCUCAACAGCGCCGGCUCCACAUCCACGGGCGCGCUCUCGGACACGAGCAGCUGCGCCAGCAAUGGCUUCGCCGGCGAAUCCGAUUUCGUGGCCGACUUUGGCGCCGCCAACAUAUUCGAUGCCACCUCUGCCCGCAACGCUGCCUCGCCAGUGCCAGCGGCACUGAGUUCGCUCAGCUCCAGCAAUGGUUAUGCCAAGGUGCAGCCACUGCGGGCAGCGCAUCUGCAACAGCAGCAGCAACAGCUGCAACUGCAACAGCAACAACAACAACAGCAACAGUUGCUGUUCAACUUUGCGGACUUUGAGCAUGCGCCCAUAUAUAAUGCAGUUGCUGCAACAGCGCAGCAGAAGCAAAGCCAGAGCAGCGUGAAGGCGCCCAGUGAGGAUCGCUAUGCAGCAUUAAAGGAUUUGGAUGAGCAGCUGCGUGAGCUAAAAGCAAGCGAAACAGUUAGCACAGAUUUGAGUGCAGCGCAGCUAAAUGGCAAUGGCAAUGGCAAUACAGAUCCCUUUAACUACAACAACAAUACAGUAAAUCCUUUCAAGAGUCAGCAGAGCAGCAGCAGCAACAUGGUGAAUCCAUUCCAGGCCAACAACAAUCAGCAGCAGCAGCAGAAGAAUCUCUAUGGACAGCUGACGCUUAUACCAAAUGGUUAUCAUCAUCAUCAACAGCAGCAGCAGCAGCAGCAGGAGCAUCAGCUGGGCGCUGGCGCUAACUUUUAUAAUUUCAAUAAUAACGGCUUUGCCGUUAGUCAAGGUCUGCCCAAUGGCUGCGGUUUUGGCAGCAUCAUGCAGCCAGCACCUGUGAUGGCCGGCGGCAUGUCCGGCGCCUAUAAUAAUCCAUUUGCGGCCAGCGGUGCCAUCAACACCAAUAAUCCAUUUUUAUGAGACUCGAGCGGCGGCGGCAGCAGCAGCAACGUGGCACGUGCGCAGCAUCAAUAGCAGCGGUCACAACAGCAACAAAUUGUGGCAGAAAGCCGCUGAACAAAAACAGCAAAAGAUCGAAAUCGAAAUUAGUCCAUUUUACGAACAAUAGCUAUAGAUAUAUACAAAUAUAUAUAUAUGAGCAUAUAUGCACACACACACAUACAUACACAUGCUGAUGAGAGUAUCUUAUAAUAUAUAUAUUCUUUUACAAGCUAACCUACAUAUACAUAUAUACAUAUAGGAUAUAAAUUUACGAUUUGCAAGUAACUAAAGAUUUGUAUUUACCAUUUGGGCGUUGCCUCUUUGACGUCUUUUUACUAAACUAAACUAAAUGCUUAACUUAAAUAUAUACAACUAAUGGUAGCUUAGUAAAUGAAUUGAUUCAUCAAUAAUAUGAAUUUAGUUUUCUGUUACGUAUACAACAUAACCUGCUUUCAAUUUUGAAUGUACGGUCUUCAAUAAAAGUUGUCUGAAUCAUCUGAAUGAAUCAUUCAUUUACGAGCUCUGACUUAUAUUUACAAGGAGUCUCGCUAGCAUCAACAGUUGAACGCAUAUAAAUAAUUGUUUUGUUAUUGUUUAUGUUUUAUGUAAUUUAAAAUUUCGUCAAAGUCCAAAUAAUCAUAGCUCUCUUUACUCUCUUUCA